AUGGAGAUUGGAAGGGCAGGGUGUCUGCGCACCAGGCAAGUCCUGCUUCUCUUUAUUUCGCUGGGAAUGGCUUGGGCUGGCUCAGAAACCGGGCGCUUUUCGGUGGCGGAGGAAACGCCGAGUGGAAGCUUGGUGGGCAAUUUGAUUAAGGAUUUGGGCUUGGAGCUGGGGGAGCUGGCGUCCCGGGAGACCCAGGUGGUCUCUAAUGAUCGCAAACAGCCCCUGCAGCUGGACAGCAGCACCGGGGAUUUGGUGCUAAGCGAGCCACUAGACCGGGAGGAGCUGUGUGGCUCCGCCGAACCCUGCGUGCUGCACUUCCAGGUGAUAAUGAAACAUCCUCUGCAGUUCUUACGGCUUGAGCUUGAGGUCACGGAUGUCAAUGACCACCCUCCAGUCUUUUUAGAAAAAGAGAUGCUGCUGGAGAUCCCAGAGAACAGCCCCGUGGGUGCCGUGUUCUUACUGGAAAGUGCAAAGGAUUUAGAUGUUGGGGUCAACGCUGUAAAUGGCUAUGAGGUAAGCCCCAACUCUCAUUUCCACGUAAAACUGAGAGUCAAUCCUGACGGUGAGAAGUACCCCGAGUUGGUUCUGGACGAGGCGCUGGAUUUCGAAGCGCAGCCCGAGCUCAGGCUCACCCUCACAGCGCUGGACGGCGGGGCUCCACCCCGGUCUGGGACAGCCGCGGUUCGGGUGAUGGUCGUGGACAUUAACGACAACGCCCCCGCAUUCGAGCGCCCGUUUUAUGAGGUAACAAUCCCGGAGGACAGCGUUCUGGGUUCCCAGGUCGUCAGCGUGUCCGCUUGGGAUUCAGACUCAGGAGCAAACGGGGAAAUAUCCUACACCUUCUCCCAUGGCUCGGAAGAUAUUCGCAAGACAUUUGAUAUUGAUGGGAAAUCUGGAAAAGUUACUCUGAGAGGAUCCUUAGAUUUUGAAACAACUCAAUCCUACUCAAUAAUCGUUCAAGCCACAGACAGGGGCGGCCUCUUUGGAAAAGCUGCAGUACGAAUUCAGGUGACAGAUGUGAACGACAAUGCUCCUGAGAUCGCUGUGUCCUCAAUAACGAGUGAAAUUCUAGAAAAUUCGCCUGUGACGGUAGUUAUGCUUUUCAGUAUUCGGGAUAGAGAUGAAGGGGAAAACGGGAGAACGGUGUGUUCUAUCCCGGAGGACAUUCCAUUUGUGCUAAAAUCUAACGUUGCAAAUUACUAUACUUUGGAGACAGAAGGACCGCUGGACAGGGAGGCCAGGGCCCAGUACACCAUCACCAUCACCGUCUCUGACCUGGGCACGCCCAGGCUGCAGAGCCAGCACAACGUGACAGUGCACGUGUCCGACGUCAACGACAACGCGCCCACCUUCAGCCAGGCCCUGUACACCCUGUUCGUGCUGGAGAACAACAGCCCCGCGCUGCACAUCGGCAGCGUGAGCGCCAGCGACAGGGACGCGGGCACCAACGCCCAGCUCACCUACUCGCUGCUCACACAAGACCAGGCAACGCAGCAGCCACAGGGACAGGGACAGGAGCAGGUGGACGUGGGCGCGCUGGUGGCCCUGGACGCGGCGAGCGGGCAGCUGUUCGCGCUGCGCGCGCUCGACUACGAGACCCUGCGCGCCUUCGAGUUCGGCGUGCGCGCGUCGGACGGCGGGUCUCCGGCGCUGAGCGGCGAGGCGCGCGUGCGCGUGGUGCUGCGCGACGCCAACGACCACGCGCCGCGCGUGCUGUACCCGCCGCGCAACGGCUCUGCGGCGGGCGCGUGCCCCGAGCUGGUGCCGCGCGGCGCCGAGGCGGGCUACGUGGUGAGCAAGGUGGUGGCGGUGGACGGCGACUCGGGCCGCAACGCGUGGCUGUCGUACGAGCUGCUGCAGGCCACGGAGCCCGGGCUGUUCGGCGUGUGGGCGCACAGCGGCGAGGUGCGCACGGCGCGGCCUGUGAGCGAGCGCGACGCGCCGCAGCAGCGGCUGCUGGUGCAGGUGCGCGACCACGGCGAGCCGCCGCUCUCGGCCAGCGUGGCGCUGCACGUGCUGCUGGUGGACGGCUUCUCGCAGCCCUACCUGCCGCGGCCCGACGCGCCGGCGGGGCAGGCGGGGCAGGCGGGGCAGGCGCUGACGGUGUCGCUGGUGGUGGCGCUGGCGGCGGUGUCUUCUCUGUUCUUGGCGUCUGUGUUGGCGCUGGUGGCCGCGCGGCUGUGUGGGCGCGGCGGGGCCGGGGCUGGGGCUGUGGCGGUGGGGUCAGGGUGUGGGGUGUCUGUGGCCGAGGGCCGCUUCUUCCCUGCCGGGGCUGGGUGUGGUGGUGUGGGUCCUCUGGUGGACGUGGGCGGGGCGGGGACGCUGUCGCAGAGCUACCAGUAUGAGGUGUGUGUGAGUGGAGGGAGUGGGACUGGUGAGUUCAAGUUCAUGAAGCCGAUUAUUCCCAAUCUUCCGCCCCAGUUGGCUGGGGAGCAAAUAGUAGACAAUUCUACCUUGAGGAAUAGCUUUGGAUUCAACUUUCAAUAAUAUAAAUUAUUAGUCUUAUACUCCUUGUAUUCUUAGCAACUGCUGAUCCUUUUGCCCAGGCUGCCAUGGUUUUUAGACUGUGUAAUUGCAUGCGUUAUCGUUGCUGUCCUCUCUUCACAGUGCUCUUGAAAUUUUUCUUGGUGACCAAACAGUGGAUUU